GGAAGAUCAGCAUUCCUCCAGCUUCAGUUCUGAGGCCCUUACAAAUGACAGCAGGAAAUUGGAAAGUUAUUUUAAGUAUUGUGGGUACCCCGUGACGAUCACUCGGAAUAUGGAUGUUCCCCUUGGAAUAUCAGCAAUUAUCUGGAAAAGUGGCAAAGUUCUCUGCCGCUACUUUGAGAAAGAACAGAUCAAUUUUGCUGGGAAGAAGGUGAUUGAAUUGGGGUCCGGAACUGGAUUGGUGGGGAUUCUUGCCGUCCUGUUGGGUGGUGAUGUAACAUUGACGGACCAGCCGAAUGCUCUGAAUCAAAUAGAGUACAACAUCGCCAAAAACAUCCCCAGGAACAUUAUCCAGCGCGCAAAAGUGUCUGCUCUAAUGUGGGGUAAAGACCAUAGUCAGUUCCCCACAGACUAUGACUUCAUUCUUGGUUCAGAUAUCAUCUACAAGCCAUUGGAGUUCCAUUUGCUGAUAAGUACCUUACUACACCUGAGCAACCAGAGUACUGUAAUUUACCUCUGUUCCAAGAUGCGUGAAUACAUGGGAGCCAUUGAUUUUUAUGAGAAGCUUCUUCCACAGUAUUUUGAUUCCAAAAUUGUUCAUAGUGUCCCAGAUGAACAAAUCAAUUUAUACAAAAUUACCAAGAAAGAAAUGGGAGUGUUGUAG